AUGUCUCAGGCUCAGGACGCGGUGAGGGCGGCACCGUCUCCGUCCAAAUCCUCUCCGAACUCUUCCCCUAAUUCACCCCCACCCAAUGGCGACGACAAUAUUGGCACGAUUGUUCCUGAUGAGAUCAACGAUGAUGGCGAAUCGGAGGUUGGACCCAGCGUGGCCUCCUCAAGUACGAGUGUGAAUAGUUCCAUCUUAGAUUAUCGGAUCGAGAAUGGACGGACAUAUCACAAGUAUAAAGAUGGCAGUGAGCAGCACGCUGCGAAAAUGGACCUCAUUGUGAUCCGCAGCUCACUUAUUCGCACAGAAUAUGCUAUACCUAACGAUGAACGGGAGCUUGACCGACUUGAUUUGACGCACAACAUGUUUCUCUUAACCUUUGAGAACAAACUCGGAACUGCGCCACCAAACACCAACACUCAAGUCUCGGCUGUUCACCGAGUUCUUGAUAUUGGCACGGGGACCGGCAUCUGGGCAAUUGACUUUGGCGAUGAACACCCGGAAGCUGAGGUUCUUGGUGUCGACUUAUCUGCAGCAUGGCCCAGCUAUACUCCUCCCAACGUUCGCUUCGAGAUUGACGACAUUGAGGAUACUUGGACCUACUCUAAGCCAUUCGACUACAUCCAUAGUAGAGUCAUGACAUCCUCAAUUAAGAACUGGGAAGACUAUAUACGGACUUGCUUUGACAACCUCAACCCUGGUGGAUAUAUCGAACUGAACGAGAUUGAUGCCUGCCCACAGUCCGACGACGGCACUCUGAAGGAAGACUCUGCCAUCCUGAAGUCUGUUCGCAUGCUCGAAGAGGCUGCCAAACUGUUCGAUCGUCCUUACCACAAUGCACAGGCCCUCAAGGAGAUCCUGACGAACAUUGGUUUUGAGGACGUGACUGUCCAAAGAUACAAGUGGCCAACGAAUCCCUGGGCCAAAGAUGCACGGCACAAGGAGCUCGGUGCUUGGUGCCAUGAAAACUUGGUGGUUGGUUGGGAGGGCUUCUGCAUGGCUCCUUUUACCCGGGCCUUGAAUUGGUCUAGGGAGGAGGUCCUGAUUCUCCUGAUGCAGGUGCGCAAGGAGUUCAGCGAUAGAAGUAUCCACGCGUACUUCCCAGUUCAUUCAAUCUAUGCCAGAAAGCCAGCCAAUUAA